UAUUGGAAGCAAAACCGAGAGAGAUGGACCGAGAAUGGGGUUCGAAGCCUGGGAGCGGUGGCGCCGCCUCCGUCCAAAAUGAGGCUAUCGACCGCCGUGAGCGGUUGCGAAGGCUAGCUCUUGAGACUAUUGAUCUUGCCAAAGAUCCCUAUUUCAUGCGCAAUCAUCUCGGAAGCUAUGAGUGUAAACUGUGCUUAACACUGCACAAUAAUGAAGGGAAUUACUUGGCGCACACACAGGGGAAACGGCAUCAGACUAAUUUGGCUAAGAGAGCUGCUCGCGAGGCGAAAGAUGCGCCUGCACAGCCUCAGCCUCAUAAGCGUAAAGUUAAUCUCCGCAAGACAGUUAAGAUUGGCCGGCCUGGCUACCGAGUGACAAAGCAGUUCGAUCCGGAGACAAAGCAAAGAUCUCUGCUAUUCCAGAUUGAAUAUCCUGAAAUCGAAGAUAAUACAAAACCAAGACAUCGAUUUAUGUCAUCCUUUGAGCAGAGGGUCCAAUCUUUUGACAAAAGAUACCAAUAUCUUCUGUUUGCAGCUGAACCAUAUGAAACUAUAGGAUUCAGGGUUCCGAGUACCGAAAUUGAUAAAUCUACUCCCAAGUUUUUCUCUCACUGGGAUCCUGAUUCCAAAAUGUUUACGUUGCAAUUAUACUUCAAGACGAAGCCUCCAGAGACAAAUAAACCUCCAUCAGCUGCAGCAACUAAUGGAACAUCAGCUCCUGGUGUCCCUCCACCACCACCUCCACCCUCUGCUCCUAUGGGAAAUCCGCCAAGGGGUCCACCGCCUGGUUCUUUGCCGCCACCUCCGCCAAUGGGAAAUGGACCGAGGCCUAUGCCACCUGGUGGCAACCUACCUGCACCACCUCCUCCUCCGGUUGGUGGUGGUAUGCCAAACUUUACACCUAGGCCUCCAAUGCCACCACCACCACAAGGGUUUCAAGGGCAGCAAAUGCAGAAUCACGGGCUUCACCCACUACCACCGCUGCCACCCCAGUAAUCCAUACUGCAUAGAAAUGUAACGGAACAAAUAACCGAAGUUGCUGAGUCUGCAGAACAAGGUUUCUGGGCGAGUUCAUGAUCCAUGACCCAUAGGAAAGUAGGUUCCAAAUUAUCAAUCAUGGUUCCAUUUUAAAUGGGAAAAAGAUGCGUUUACGAAAGGUGUCACUGUAUUGUUUUGUCGAGCGAGUGCUCUUUGAAACUGGACUAAUAAGUCAUGGUAGAUGGUUAAUAUUGCUGCUGCCUUUGUACAGAAGACUUGAGUUUGAGUCCUUACUUUUCAGCUUAACUUUUGGGUUUCU